AUGGCGCGUCUAACAAAGAGGCGACAAGCAGACACAAAAGUCAUUCAGUACCUAUGGACCGCUAUAGAAGUGAUCCGGAACCAGAAGCAGAUUGCCAAUAUUGAUCGGAUUACCAAGUACAUGACCCGGGUCCAUGGUAUGCAUCCAAAGGAGAUAACAAGGCAGCUUAGUCUUGCGGUUAAGGAUGGACUGAUAGUGGAAACACUAACAGUGGGGUGCAAGGGGUCAAAAGCUGGAAUUGAACAGGAGGGUUACUGGUUACCAGGGGAUGAAAUCAUGAAACAUCACCAAAUUCACGGAAGAGAGGGAAAAUCAGUGAAUUCACCUGAGGACUGGGAGACAGAAACUCAUGACUGGUACUGUUUUGAAUGUCAUUUACCUGGGGAGGUGAUGAUAUGUGACCAAUGUUUUCGUGUGUACCAUCCUAAAUGUUUACCUGACGAUAUGAAACUCAGGGAUAGCAGUAAUCACUGGCAGUGCCCGGUUUGCAAGAGCAUUAAGAAAAAGAACAUAAACAAACAGGAGAUGGGCAAAUACCUGCGAUUCAUUGUGUCUCGUAUGAAGGAAAGGGCAAUUGAACUUAACAAGAAAGGGAAGGAUACAAAACAUCCCAUGUACAGAAGACUGGUGCAUACAGCCAUUGACGUUUCUACUAUAAAUGAGAAAGUGAAUGAAGGAAAGUACAAAAGUUACGAAGAGUUCAAGGCAGACGCUCAGCUUCUCUUGCACAACACCAUUAUUUUUUAUGGAGAUGAUAGUGAGCAAUCUGAUGUUGCCAAGGUUCUUUACAAAGACACAUGCCACGAGCUGGAUGAGCUGCAGCUCUGCAAAAAUUGCUUCUAUUUGUCAAACGCGCGGCCUGACAACUGGUUCUGCUAUCCUUGUAUCCCUAACCAUGAGCUGGUUUGGGCUAAGAUGAAAGGUUUUGGCUUCUGGCCUGCCAAAGUCAUGCAGAAAGAAGACAAUCAAGUAGAUGUUCGAUUCUUUGGCCAUCACCACCAGAGGGCCUGGAUCCCUUCAGAGAACAUUCAAGACAUUACAGUCAAUGUUCACCAGUUACAUGUAAAGCGCAGUAUGGGCUGGAAAAAAGCUUGCGAUGAGCUGGAACUGCAUCAUCAGCGCUUCCUACGUGAAGGGCGGUUCUGGAAAUCCAAAGGUGAAGACAAAGGGGAGGAAGAAGCAGAAUCUAGUAUCUCAUCCACAAGUAAUGAACAGAAAGCAGCAUCUCAGGAACCGCGGGCCAAGAAAGGACGACGCACUCAAAACGUAGAAGCCAAGAAGGAAGAGUCAGAACCAGAACCUGAGACAGAAGCUGUGAGCUCAAGUCAGGAAAUUCCCUCCAUGCCACCACCAGCUGAGAAGGUGUCUGUUUAUACACAGACCAAGAAGCAAAGUGCCUCAUCCCCAAGAAUGUUACACCGUAGCACACAGACCAGUAACGAUGGUGGGUGUCAGAACAUGUGUCACGACAAGUACAGCAAGAUCUUUAAUGAGUUCAAGGAGAGGAUGAGCACAGACAACAAGAGGGAGACUGAAAGAGCCGUGCGAGAAGCCCUAGAGGAGCUACGAACAGAGAUGGAGGAGGAGAAGAGACAAGCUGUUAAUAAAGCCAUGGCCAACAUUCAGGCAGAAAUGGACAGGAAGUGCAAGCAGGCAAAAGAUAAAUGCAAAGAGGAAUUCCUGGAAGAAGUCAAGAAAAUGGCAGCACAACAUAAACAGCUAAUUUCACAGACCAAGAAGAAGCAGUGGUGCUACAACUGUGAGGAGGAAGCCAUGUACCACUGCUGCUGGAACACCUCUUAUUGCUCCAUUAAAUGCCAGCAGGAGCAUUGGCACGCUGAACACAAGAGGACCUGCCGCAGGAAAAGAUGA